CUGGCGCGAUAGAUGAUUUUAUGCGCUAUUUAAAUUCAACUGAGAGCAUGCUCCUCCAUCUCUUCCGUUCCUGAAGGAGGAUUGCGCGAGAGGCGACGAGGAGGCGACACACGCAUCAGCGAGCGAUGGGGUUCGACGUGAACCGCUUCCAGGGCGACGUGGACGAGGAGCUCGUGUGUCCAAUAUGUUCCGGCGUGCUGGAGGACCCCGUCCAGGCACCAGUGUGCGAGCAUGCCUUUUGUCGCUCUUGCAUCAACGAGUGGAUAAACCGUCAGCCCACUUGCCCCCUAGAAGCGGUUCCUAGAAUCCUGAGAAACCUGCUGGCCCGCUUGUGCAUCAAUUGCGACAACAUUGUGUACGGUUGCAACGCCAUAGUUAAACUGGACAGUCUGGCAUCGCAUCUAGAACAGUGCGAGUAUAAUCCGAAGAGACCAAUGCUGUGCGAGCAGGGUUGCAGCCUUAUCAUCCCCAAGAACGAGCUCAAGGAUCAUAACUGCGUGCGCGAGCUGCGUAACCUGAUACAGUCGCAGCAACAGAAGCUGGCUGACAUGAAACGUGAACUCGGCGAGCAGCAGCUGCAGAUCAACGAGCAUAAACGCGAGAUUCAUUUGCUCAAGGACUUUAUGCGCGCCCUCAGGGUGUCGAACCCGGCGAUGCGCGCGAUCGCUGAUCAGAUGGAGCGGGACGAGGUCGUCAGAUGGUCCGCGACCCUUCCGCGCGCCAGGGUUACUAGAUGGGGCGGCAUGAUCUCCACGCCCGACGAGUUGCUGCAGACGAUGAUAAAGAGAACUCUGUCGGAGUACAAUUGUCCGCCUCACGUAAUUGACGAGCUAAUGGAGAACUGCCACGAGCGGAAAUGGCCGCCCGGUCUGAAUUCCCUCGAGACCAGACAAAACUCUCGACGACAAUACGACAAUUACGUAUGCAAGAGAGUGCCCGGCAAGCAAGCGGUGCUGGUCCUCCACUGUGAUAAUACACACAUGCCAGAGGAUAUGAUGGUCGAGCCAGGGCUAGUGAUGAUCUUUGCACAUGGCAUCGAAUAG